CAAAUGUUGGAUCAAGAUCAAAUAAUAAAGCGAAGAGGGUGAGCUUCCUGUGUGUGAUUUGUCUUUGAGCCCACAAGAAAAUUUCAGCGGAUAUUUUCAAGAUGGCGGAUGGGGAACAGUUGACAACAGCGUCUGCUAAUGGCGACGAAAAGGAAGUUAGCUACCUGCUAGAACAUGGGGCAAACCCAAACAGCUAUUCAUCACAGGGGUUUCUUCCCCUCUCUAUCGCUGCAUUUUGGGGUUAUAGUAAUAUUGUGAGGCUAUUACUAAAGAAUGGGGCUGACGUCAAUGGAUGCAACAAAGGCACCAAGUGGACAGCACUACACUGUGCGUCGUUCCAAGGUCAUGGCAAGGUUGUCAUGGUGAUAAUGGAGUAUAGUCCAGAUCUCCACUUACAAGACAGCCUUGGAAGAACACCAAUUGACUUUGCAUCUGCUUUGGACAACAUCUGGCCUUUCUUUGCAGCUGCUGGUUGUCAAAGAACAUCAAAAACUGAGCUUGUCAGACUGGACAUUGUCAAAAAGGUGUCAGCCAGAGAGGAGCAGAUCCCUGUAUCAGACAAGGCAUACUUCUCAAGACCAGGAUCUGCCUAUGUUAUCCAGACCCAAUCUCUUUAUGGAUCUGGUCGAACAGGAGUAUCUAGACCAUCUAUCCAAGAGCAGAAGGAGCAGUUUGCCCUGAGCACAGGGGACGUUUUGACUGAGGGAGACUCCCCUAGGGGAGCCAGCCGUGAUAGCCCAACAUUCAAUGUUUGGAGAAACUAGAUUUUUAUCAGUUAUCCCUGUUUUUCUGAAACCAAGGUCGAGAGACCUUUGUCGUUUCAUAAGCAAAGGCUUCAUUUAUAAUUCAUAAUUAUAGUUUUACAUUUAAUGAUAAAUUUUUAUAUUCCAGGAAUGUGUAGAUAAAUAUUGUUCUGGAACCAUUUUCGAAAUUCCAUUUUCCAAGAGUGCUAUUCAUGUAUUUAAAUGUAAAUUUUUGGUAUUUUUAUGUACAUAGAUAUUUUUUUAUCUUUUUGUAUAAAUGACUUGAAAUAAAUGCUAUAAUUUUGCCUAUAA